UUCACUAAUGACCCCUGACCUGCUGGCUUUGAAGCUGUCAGCAUAGCCGAAUCCAGCUCAGGAACACGAAGGAAACCAUGUCUGCGGCCAGGUCCAUUCCCGUUACCUACAAGAGCCCUACCUACGAUGUGUGUGUGGUCGGGAUAGAAACAGCCAUCGAUAUUCACAGGACGGUCCCCAGUGGAGCCGAUUCAUUCGAUGUCCGAGGAACAAGCUCUUUGGAUGUCAUCGUUGUUUACAACAGCAAAACUCUGAACAAACCCCAGAAGGGAGAAAAGUGGCCUUUAAAUGAACUCGUCAAAGUCAUGGUCUCCCCCAAAAAGGCCAGCACAUCUCUCAAUGACGGCAAGGUUAAGGUUGACUAUUAUGGAUCCCAAGGCAAACAACUCCUGGACAGCUCCUUGUUGUACCUAACAAAUGUUGCUAUCUCCCUGGAUGUUGAUUUCUUCCGCUCUGGAACGGUGAUGCGUGGAAUCAGAGGGAAGGACACUUGGUCUUGGGGACGUGGUGGGAAGGGCGCUAUUUUGCUGGUGAACUGUGACAGGGAUCGCAACCUAAACAGUGUUCCUGACAAUAAAGAUGCUGGGCCAACCAACGCUACUGAUAUCAAGGACAUGUCUCCCAUGAUCUUGACCGCUGAAGGACCUGAUAAGAUCUUUGAUGAUUACAAAGUGAUCCUGGAGAUCUCGUCAUCUGAUGCCAACAGACUGCGAGUCUAUCAAAAGAGAAGGUAUCAGUAUGCCAAUGUCUUGGGGAAGAGCAAGCUGUCCUACGUAGUCAAUAGAGACAACCUGAAUGAGAUCCCUUUCUACGUGGAGGGUCUUGAGUUCCCUGAUGGUGACUUCCCCGGUCUGGUUUAUAUAGACCUUGUAUUUCAGAAGAACAGUGAUAAGAGCAAGAUCUUCACAGAGAAGGUGGUCUUCAGAGUGGCUCCAUGGAUCAUGACCCCAAACACCCAGAAGCCCCUGGAGGUCUUUGUCUGCAAUAUAAAUUCCAAUGCCGAGUUUGUAAAACAGAUAUCAGACUUUGUGGAGAGGGUGCGGUGCCCCCUCAAAAUGGUGACGUAUAGUGAGAACCAGGGAGACCAGUGGAUGCAGGAUGAGAUGGAGUUCGGAUACACUGAAGCUCCUCACAAACAGUUUCCAGUCGUCUUGGAUUCGCCAAGAAACCGUGGCCUGAAGGAUUUUCCAAUCUCAGCAGUUCUGGGGCCGGACUUUGGUUACGUGACACGGGAGCCGGAUGACAUCAGCACAGUGAACACACUGGAUUCUUUUGGAAACCUGGAAGUCAGUCCUCCUGUUGUCGUACAGGGGAAGAAUUACCCGCUGGGGAGGAUUCUCAUUGGAGAUGGUUUGUCCAGGAACAACAUGCGGAUGAAUAAAGCGCUCAGAGACUUCUUCCACGCUCAGCAGGUCCAGGCCCCAGUCUACCUGUACUCCACCUGGCUCUACGUCGCCCACAUCGACGAGUUCAUGAGUUUUGUCCCGGCGCUGAAUAAAAAGGGAUUUCGGCUGCUGCUGGCGAGUCCUCAGGCCUGCCUAGAGCUCUUUAAACAGAAGCAGAGAGAAGGACACGGGAAAACCAUUAUGUUUGAAGGUCUGAAAUGCAAAAAAUAUACCAUCGAUGAGAUCUUGUCAGACAAAGACCUGAAGCAGUCGUCAGAGAGUUGUCAGGAGAACAUUAACAUAAACAGGAAGAUCAUGAAGAAGGAGCUGGGUCUUUCUGAAGAAGACAUCAUAGACAUCCCCAUCCUCUACAAGGCUGACUCUAACAAGGAGUCUGCGGAGUCCUUCUUCCCCAACAUGGUCAACAUGCUCGUCCUGGGAAACUACCUAGGGAUCCCAAAGCCAUUUGGCCCCGUAAUCUCUGGUACCUGCUGCCUGGAGGAGAAGGUGCGGUCUUUGCUGGAGCCCUUGGCACUGCGUUGCACCUUCAUCGAUGAUUUUGCAACCUACCACCAAUAUUUGGGAGAAGUGCACUGCGGCACCAACGUCAUCAGGAAGCCAUUGUCCUACAAAUGGUGGGAGAGCACCAUUUAA